AAACUUAUAAAAUUUUAUUAAAAUUAAUAAAACUAAUUAGUGAUAUUGACUAAAUUUAUUAUCAAAUCAAACUGAUAUCACCUGGCUGACAUGUGGGUGUAUACAUUAGACUUUUUUUUUUUUUUUUUCUUUUAAGUGUAAAAGCUCAUAUUUUAUUGUUAUAAAUAGUUAGCGAGAAUGCAACAUUGUUCGCCGUGUUUUCCUCACAAUGGAUUUAUUGUUUUUCUUCUUUUCAUUACUUGUUCUUCCAUCUGCUGAUUCUCUUAACUUCAAAUUAACUCGCUUUGAUUCAGAUGUAAACAGCAUAAUUUACCGUGGGGAUGCAGAACCUGCCGCUGGUGCUGUUGAGUUAAUCUCCAGUUUCACAUACACGUGCCGUGUUGGUCGAGUCACCCAUGCUGAAAGGGUCCGCAUCUGGGACUCCAGUUCUGGCCAACUUUCCAAUUUCACAACCCAUUUCUCCUUCAUCAUCGACACCCAAGGACGUUCCGCUUAUGGCCAUGGCAUUGCAUUCUUCCUCGCUCCCGUUGGAUCUGAUAUCCCACUGAACUCCGCUGGUGGCUUCUUAGGCCUCUAUAACACUUCAACAUAUGAAAAUUCUUCUCAAAAUCAAAUGGUUCACGUGGAGUUUGAUUCUUUUUCAGAUUCAGAUUGGGAUACAGAGCCUGCAGGGCAUGUGGGGAUUAACAACAAUUCUCUUAGUUCAGCUGCGCACACUCCUUGGAAUGCUAGCUUUCAUAGUGGAGACACUGCUGAUGUGCGGAUUACUUACGACGCUAUAACCAAAAAUUUGAGCGUUUCAUGGUCUUACCAGGAAACUUCAAAUCCUCUAGAGAAUUCUAGUUUGUCUUAUAUAAUUGAUCUGAUGAAGAUUUUGCCUGAGUGGGUCAACAUUGGAUUUUCAUCUGCAACAGGUUCAUACUUAGAGAGAAAUAAACUUUUAUCUUGGGAAUUCAGCUCAACUUUGGAGGUAAAGGACACAAAUGAAAGCAUAUCAAAGAGAAUCAGAGUAAUUGUUGGUGUUGCAGUUUCAGUUUGUGUUCUAACAUUUGGGGUGAUUCUGACUUCUUGGAGGAGGAGGAAACAGGCGCUGACAAAGAAAGAUGGUGAAAAAAUAAACUUGACAUCAAUCAAUGAAGACCUUGAAAGAAGAGCUGGACCAAGAAGAUUUUCUUAUGAAGAGCUUGUUUCAGCUACCAACAACUUCUCAAAUGAGAGAAUGUUGGGAAAAGGAGGGUUUGGUGCUGUUUAUAAAGGAUACUUGGUUGAAAUGGAUUUGGCAAUUGCUGUGAAGAAAAUUUCAAGGGGAUCCAAACAAGGUAGAAAGGAGUACGUUACUGAGGUCAAAACCAUUGGCCUGUUGAGACACAGGAAUUUAGUGCAACUCUUGGGCUGGUGCCAUGAAAAUGGUGAGUUUCUACUUGUUUAUGAAUUCAUGCCAAAGGGUAGCCUUGAUGCUCACCUCUUUAGCAAGAAGAGUCCUCUUAACUGGGCUGCGAGGUACAAGAUAUCUCUUGGCUUAGCCUCAGCGUUGCUCUAUCUUCAUGAAGAGUGGGAUCAAUGUGUGGUUCACCGAGAUGUGAAGUCAAGCAAUGUAAUGCUAGACGCAAAUUUUAACGCCAAGCUUGGUGACUUUGGGUUAGCUAAGUUGACGGACCAUGAGCUUGGUCCCCAGACAACUGGGUUGGCAGGAACUCUAGGCUACAUGGCUCCAGAAUACAUAACCACAAGAAGGGCUAGCAAAGAAUCUGAUGUGUAUAGCUAUGGAGUGGUUGCUUUAGAGAUUGGAAGUGGAAGGAGAGCAAUUGAUCACAUUGAAGAGGAGCACGAGAUGAGUUUGUUGGAGUGGAUUUGGGAACUUUAUGGAAGAAACAAGCUUCAUGUAGCCAUUGAUAAGAGCCUUCACAUGGAUUAUGACCAGAAACAGAUUGAGUGCUUGAUGAUCGUCGGAUUAUGGUGCACUCAUCCUGAUCACCAUUUGAGGCCAUCAAUAAGACAAGCUAUUCAAGUUCUAAAUUUUGAGGCCCCAGUCCCAAAUCUGCCGGCGAAGAUGCCAGUGCCCAUGUACUCUGUACAGGUCAAUAAUGCCAACUCAGGCGAAGCCUUCAUAACUAAUUCCAGCAUAGCGUUAGGCCGUUGAACGCCGUGGAUUUUGUCUUAUUAAACUCUCUUUUUUUUAUGCAUCUUGUAUUGUUGAAGAGAAUAAACAACUUUCUCGCUGCAGAAAUCUUAAACAUUCAGGUGAAAUAGCCCUUUUCGGAGCUUUAAUUAGGACAUCUUUGAUCAAAUCCUUGGAUUUAAUAAAUUGUUCAUGUCAUGUGUGUGUGUCUAUGUCUGUGUCUGUAUUUUGGAUGUGUAACAUGUUUUUACUAGGAAUCUUUGUUACAAUUGU